CGGGACUAAGACACGAGGAUAGGAGUCGAGGAUAGGAGUCGAGGAGGGGAAAUUAGUGAAAUGAGAAAGGCCCCCGGAUGCGUUGCUUUUGUCUGUCAGACAACGCCGAGGGCACAGGCGCACACGGUGGCCGCUCGCUCGCUUCUGGAACCUACACAUUGUUAAAGCCGCUGGAUAACGCUCAUGAAUCACCACUUUGUUUAUCUGGAGCUCAUAAGGAAUAGAUCCCGCUGAGCGUCUUCAUCCCUCCACAGCGUCUCGUUCUUCCGCAGCACCUGAACACAUCGCUGUUGCCAUGACAACAGACGAGGCAGAGAGUCACCAGAAGAAGCCGAGGCAGCAGGAGGAAGCCGGGCAGGAAGCAGGGUCUCCCCCCCCGGAGGAGGAGCAGCUCCGGCCUCGCAACCGCAACUCUGCCGGCCGCGGCCUCUCCCGCCUCUUCUCCUCCAUCCUGAAGAGGCGCUCGCAGUGUGAGAGUGAGGCGGGAGAGAAGGAGGACAAGGAGGAGAAGGAAGCCAAAGCCCCCAUCGCUGACCCCGAGCCUGAGCUGAGGACGGAGGGGGCCCCGGACCGCCACUCCAUGAGCAGCGCCGAUGCUCAGAGUGUACCCUGUACUGUCUGUCAGGCUGCCCAGGUAGAGAAGAAAGAGGCAGAGGAGGAUGAGGGUGGAAAGGACAAAGAGAACAACAAGGAGAAAGAAGAGGAGGCUGCGCUGGAGAAGGAGGAGAAGACGGAGGAGAAGGAGGAGAAGGAGGAGCAGGAGUGUGGGCCUGAAGGAGGCAGUAAGAAAGACGAGGAGGAGAAGACUGCCGAAGAGCAUGCCGAAGCUGCCAAAGCUCCUCACAGACCCAGGACCAUGCAGAUCAAAGUCAACCUGCUGGACGACGCUCUGUACGAGUGUGAGCUGGACAAACAUGCAAAAGGCCAGGAGCUGUUCAUGAAGGUGUGCGACAACCUCAACCUGCUGGAGAAAGACUACUAUGGACUGGUGGUGUCUGAGACGCCCACCACCAAGACCUGGAUGGACCUUACCAAGGAGAUCCGCCGGCAGGUACCGGGUGCCACCUAUAAUUUCAACUUCAAUGUGAAGUUCUAUCCACCGGACCCAGCCCAGCUAUCUGAAGACAUAACAAGGUACUACCUGUGUCUCCAGCUGAGGAAGGACAUCCUGCAGGGACGCCUGCCCUGCUCCUUCGUCACGCUGUCCCUGCUGGGAUCCUACGCCCUGCAGUCGGAGCUGGGCGAGUUUGACCCCGAGGUGCACCCCCCCAACUACGCCAAGGAGAUGAAGAUGGCCCAGGGUCAGACCAAGGAGCUGGAGGACAAGAUGAUGGAGCUGCACCGCACAUAUAGGUCAAUGAGUCCGGCCCAGGCAGACCUGAUGUUCCUGGAGAAUGCCAAAAAGCUGUCCAUGUAUGGAGUGGACCUCCACCAGGCCAAGGAUCAGGAUGGGGUUGACAUCAUGCUGGGGGUCUGCUCCAGUGGUCUGAUGGUCUACAAAGACAAGCUGAGGAUCAACCGGUUCCCCUGGCCCAAAGUCCUCAAGGUGUCCUACAAACGCAGCAGCUUCUUCAUAAAAAUUAGACCAUCCGAGGUGGAGCAGUAUGAGAGUGCGAUUGGCUUCAAACUGCCCACUUACAAGGCAGCCAAGAAGCUGUGGAAAGUGUGUGUGGAACAUCACACUUUCUUCAGGCUGACCUCCUCGGAGAUGGUCACCACGCCCAGGAAGUUCCUGGCGUUAGGCUCCAAGUUCCGGUACAGCGGGCGCACGCAGGCCCAGACCCGCCAGGCCAGCUCCCUGAUCGACAGACCGGCCCCCAUGUUCCAGCGCUCCUCCAGCAAGAGGAACUCACGCAGCCUGGACGGAGGUACCCUGUCCAUGGCCUCCACUCCCGACAAUAAGUCCUCUCGCCCGGUCAGCGCCCCCGUCAUGGCCCCGGUGUCUCCGGGGGACGCCACUUCCUCUCCGAUGCUGCCCCCCCUGCUGCGCUCCGACCACCGUGACGGCUCUACACCUAAAGGCCACCGCUCCGCACACAGGAAGGCGGAGGGGAAGGGGGAGAGUCAGCAUGCGGAGCACACCAAGAGCCACAGACCAGAGUCCACUCCAGAGAUCAAGACAUUCUCCAGGAGAGAGUGGAGGCACUCCCCCUCUGUGACCAACGCCAAUGGGGACAGAGAGAAAAAGAGCCAGCACUCUCCUAAGGACAAAGCAAAGACGGAGGUGGUGCGAGUGAGGAAGAAAAGAGCUAAGAAACUUGAGGGUGAAACUCUUUAUAUCAGACAUAGCAAUUUAAUGUUGGAGGACCUGGAUAAGACCCAGACUGGGAUCAUGCGUCACCACACGAGCAUCAGUGAGCUGAAGAGGAGCUUCAUGGAGUCGGUGCCAGAGCCUCGGCCCAGUGAGUGGGACAAACGUCUGUCCACCAACUCGCCUUUCCGCACAGUGAGCAUCAACGGCCAGCUGCAGCCAGCGACUGGCCCUGCUCCCCCAGUCAGAUCCCCCCCACCAACUCCAUCCUCUUCCACUCAUCCUCCUCCAUCCUUCCCUGCGCCUUCCAACAAUGACAAUGAAGGUCAGAGAGGAUCUCCGUCCUCCGACCUGCCAGUGUUGCCCUCUGGCUCUCGGCUCACCUCUACCCACGACUUAAAGACACAGUUUCUAUCCUAGACUCGAGGUCAUGCACAAAAAUAUUCCUUUAUAUAACUCCAAAAUCUAGCCAUAACAGCACUUUUCUUGCUGAAAGCAAGAAAAGUGCCAUUUUAGUAGUUUCAUAUUAUUGCUGAAUGCUAAGAAUUCUGAUGACACAUAAGAUAGAAAAGUAGAAAUAGUCGCUGUUGCAUCACAAUGGUUAAAAUUCCCACUGUCUCCCUGAGCAGUUCGAUUCUUUACACAGAUGUUGCCUUGUGUGCAAUAGUACAUCCUUACCAUCCCUAUUGUGUGCAGUGCAGAAUCACCUUAAAAUGCUUUUCAUGGUGAGCUCCUCCAGAGCUCCCGUCAUCUGAGGUGCCCAGAAUGUUGACAGAUUGGUGGUAUUUUAAAAAGCAGUGCAGAAGAAAGUGUUUUCUGGUGUUUCUUUCUUUCUUUUGGCAUUAAGAAGACCUUGCACUGCCAACACUGUAUGCACUAGCUAUCAACCUAGCUGCCAGAUGUAUUAUCCCCAGUACACUCCUCUCUCUCCCCCCGUUCUUCCUUUCUUCUCAUUCUGCUGCUGCUUUGUCAGAGGGGUAGUGUCCUUUGGACAUUUAGACAUCAGGUGUUUUAGCCAUGUUGCCAGUAACCAAUCAUGCAAUAGUCUUCCUGCAAAUAUUAAACACAAAAUGUUUCACAAAACAAACACAUAAACAAAAAAUAAUAUUACCCCCCCUCUCAGGUAAUAAAUACCAAGUAACUUCUGACUUUGUGAUUGAUAAAAACAUUUAAAACCAAUAGAGAUCAAUAAACAGAGGACUGAAUAAAACAAGAAUAAAAAAAAGAAUAAUAAAACAAAAGAAUACAAAAACAAGAAUAAAACAAAUAUAUAAUAAAAACAUAUCAAUUAAAAGAUCAAUAAAAAAAUGGGGUAUUCAGUUGGCACUUUAAAUAUUACGUUCUCUGCCACCCUCAGGUCUUACAUUUUUUUUGUAGUAGUAGUUAUGACUGUAGAUUUUGCCAGCCGAGAUAUUAUUACUACAUUUUACCACCUCUAGCUAGCCAUCUGAUUAGCUUAGGCAGAAUCAUUUCAAGGUCUCCCGCAGAUGAAGUUUAGAACAAAUUCACAGAGGUUGACUCAACAGUUCCAUUGAGAAUCCUGCUGAAAGGUGUUAAAUACUGUGUUUGAUGGUUUAAACUUGGUUUCAUGCUUCAUGAUAGUGCCUGGUGAUGAUGCAAACAAAUAGGCUAAAGCUACACAACCUAGGAAACAAAUAAGCAUCCUCAUCUGAAGAUACUGUAAUCUGUAUAGAAGUCACGAAAUAAAUGAACAUUGUUCUGCUAUUGCAUUGUAGAGCUAGUUGUCUCUAUACUGCAUAAAGAAAUGUAAGUUAAAAAAAGGCAUUAGGAAACAGUUUUUCUUUGUAACACAUUGCCGAAAUGCAUAAUAAGUCACUCGACAAGGGUGAGGAUGAGUGGAUAUCUUUUAUGGAUAUCUUAACUACAAGAUGUUAAAGCUGGGCAGGCAUUGUUAAUAUGGAACAUCAUCAAAAAAGAAAAUAACAUUUUAUAGUAAUUCAGUUAGCAAAAUGAAUAGUAAAAUGUAUUUAUAAAGCGCUUUUCACGGACAUAGUCACAAAGUGCUUGACAAAGCAUUAAAACAUUAUACAAAUGAAGAAGAGUGCUAAAAACACAAUACAUUAUGAAAUACACAAUCAAAACACAAUAAACAAACAAAACACAAUACACAAUCAAAACAUAAAGCUAGUAAGCCAACUAACUGAAAGAGUUCUGAUAAGGCAUAGAUGUCAUCAUUGUGUAUCGUAUCCAACAGAAAUGUUAACUUCACCACCUCCAUCAAAGUUCAGGCAAGAUCGUUAAUCAUAAACAUUUAAAAUAGUAGUGUUUCAUGUGAUGUGUUAGUGAGCCAUUAUUAUUCUAUAAGCAGUUUUUCAUUACAAAUGAUAUAAGUUCUACUAUAAUGUUUGACUAUGGAUGGAUGGAUGGAUAAGCCAACUCAAAUCUCAAAUGAAAUGCUGCUAAAUAUUCAAUCAGUGCUACAGUAAACAUAACUCUCCUGUCAGGCUGUGGACACAAACACAGCUUAACCUCACCACCUUAGUCUCUCCUGCACAGAUAGAUCUUAUUGAUAGCUCUCAGUUUAGGCCUUAGGCCUUAUAGCUGCAAUAUGGGGGCAAUACAUGAUUGUUCUGUAAUUGAUGAUCAUAAAAUAUAUAUUUGGAUGUAGUGAUACAUGACGACACGGACUGUGAGUGUAACCUUGACCUGUCAACAGUUCAAUGUGUUGACGUGUGUGUAAACGCUUUUAUAGGCAAGGCUUGAGAGACUGCUAUGGUAGGGUCUUGGACCAUAUUGAAAGGGAUAGUGACACCAGUAGUGAUGGUGUGUUAGAACAUUUAGAACAGAAAGGCCACCCUCAGAUGUGUGGUGCUGCAGGGAAGACACCUUGAACUGGGGUUCUUUUUCAGUUUUUUUACAGUUCUAAAAUAAUUAAGAUUCUUACGUAUCUACAGCCGUCUUUACCAAGAUCAUGUCAGAUCAGUUUUUUGGUCUUCCUGAGGUAGGGACGUUUGUCUCUCUCUUUUUAAAGUCUCAUUGUGGUUUAUAAUCCGCCCAAUGAUGGUAGUUGCAUCGUCAGACUUCAAAACAGAGUUCUCAGAGAACUUCAUCAGAAUGGGGGUUACUGCCACAGGCAGGUUGUAAUUCCCAUAAGAUACUGCAGUCUUUUGAGAUAUAGGGUUGAUGGUGGCUUUCUUGGCACAAUACAAUAUGCUGCGUAGUAUGGUUAAAUGUGAUGGGAGAUGAUAGGGUGCUUUCUAUUCUCUGAGCUAGGGGCCCCAGCAGAAUUCAAACUGACAAUCGUGAAAAAGGGCAACCCCGAUGGCAGGAUGUUCAAUGGGAAAUGUAAUGGAGGUGUUAUACCCUCUAACAAUCACACAAGGGUUACAGUAAAGCACAAAGUGUUAUUUUGAUAUAUUCAGAGUUAAAGCCAAACUGCUCAAAAACCGUCUACAAGUAGUCCCAAUGUAGACGAUCAAAGGUGUUCUCAGCAUCUACAGAUUAUUUAUCUAUGCUGUUGGAUAAACCUUGAUAACGCUGUUGUAAAGUUCUUACUAUUGAAAUGGACUAGGUUUAAAUUGCAACAACACAAAGUAUUAACCAGAUUGAUAUGACACUUAUCCACCCAGCAUCUUGACCUUGGCAUAAACAAGUUGGAGCAGCCUUGGGUAAUUCUAAUGACAAACAGAUGGAGUAACUGCUUUAUUGGAGGAGUGACUGUUCAUGUUAGUUCUACUGUCAGAUAUUACACCUUAUUUAAGAACUGCAGGGGACCUCUCCAUGCUUUAUACCCCCCCCCCCCCCCCCCCCCGCUCCCUUCCAGUACCUUACCUCCAACAUCCCCUUCCUCCAUUCCCUCAUCCCUCCACCCUCUUCCUUCAUUCUCUUGUCAAUUGACCAUAUCCCACGUGUGUGUGUGUUCAUUGUUAUCUGUCUCUCUUGGUCUGCCGCUGCUGAGCACAGCAAGGACGGCAGACUCUGUUCGGACACAAGGUAAGAGCCUAUAGUUUGUCCCCGACGCCAGUGGGACCACCGCUGUACAGAAAGGACUGCCUGCUGGAAGACGAUGAGGAGGAAGUUGAUUGGGAUUGG